AUCCUCAGUAAAAUUUAGAGGCGAAGAAGAUUGAACAACAUCAACAGUGUAGCACUGGCGCAGAUAUUGAACAGUGCAGCAGUGACAGAGCCGUGAACAUGGACACAAGAGCCUUGAGGAAUCCUUAUCACGACUAUGAUGGGACCCCUGCGUCCACACAGGGGUUGUUUGACUCCCAGGGAAAGCUCACAUCAGAGUUUGCCCAGCGGCUGAGCAGCAAGGUCAGCGAGCUUUUAGCUGUCAUGGAGAAUGGGCUGAAGUCUGCUGACCCAAGAGAUUGCACCAGUUACACCGGCUGGGCAGGCAUUGCUCUGCUCUACCUGCACCUCCAUAACGUGUACAACGACUCCACCCUCCUUCAGAGAGCUCUGGAAUAUGUCAGCCGCAGUCUGAAGUGUUUGACCCGACGCCAUGACGUCACCUUUCUGUGCGGGGAUGCGGGGCCCCUGGCUAUAGCCGCUGCGGUGUACCAUCGCCUGCAGAGGGUGCACGAGACAGAGGAGUGCAUCAACAGACUGCUGCAGAUGCACCAGCAUGUGGUGACAGGUGCGGGCGGGCUUCCUGAUGAGAUGCUUUACGGGCGGAUGGGUUACCUCUACGCCCUCGUCUUCAUCAACCAGCAGCUCGGGCAGGACAGGAUCCCGCUGCAGUACAUCCAGCAGAUCAGUGAGGCCGUGCUGGUGUCAGGCGACAACCUCAGCAAGAGGUUGAGGUUCCAGAACCACAGCCCUCUGAUGUACGAGUGGUACCAGGAGCAGUACGUCGGCGCCGCCCACGGCCUGGCUGGCAUCUACUACUUUCUCAUGCAGCCAGGAUUUGUCGGUACUGAGGAGUACGUCCACAGGCUGGUGAAGCCCAGCGUCGACCACGUCUGCCGUCUCAAGUUCCCCACAGGAAACUACCCCCCCUGCAUCGGCGACGAUCGGGACCUGCUGGUGCACUGGUGCCACGGGGCGCCGGGGGUGGUCUACAUGCUCCUGCAGGCGUACAAGGUGUUUGGAGUGUCCCAGUACCUGGAGGACGCCCUGCAGUGCGGAGAGGUGGUGUGGCGUUACGGCUUGCUGAAGAAGGGCUACGGGCUGUGUCACGGUGCGGCGGGGAACGCCUACACCUUCCUGGCUCUCUACCGGCUAACGCAGGACCCCAAGUACCUGUACAGAGCCUGCAUUUUUGCCGACUGGUGCAUGAACUAUGGCAAACAUGGAUGCCGAACACCAGACACUCCCUUCUCACUUUUUGAAGGCAUGGCCGGCACCAUCUACUUCCUGGCCGACCUCCUACAGCCGAUGAAAUCGAGGUUCCCAGCCUUUGAGGUGUAGAAGUGAGUCCUCCCCACUCACACUGUGGGAGAAAAGAACAAGGAGAAGACCCGCACUUCUGCUGUCCAUCACACACACACACACACACACGCAUGGAAACACAACACAUUCAAAGCAACACAACGUCAUGCCACGUUUUUCCUGCUCUUCUCUUCUCUCCUGGGAUUUUCCAUGAUAUUAACAGGAUAAAUCUCAGCUACAUAAUUGUCGUAAAGAUGUGUCAAAGGGGAGAGCUUAAGUCGCUUUUUGUUUUUUCUGUAUAAAUGAAAUUCUUGCUUGGCUGUUGCUCAGAUUGUGACGUCUUUAAAGGUUUCAGCAAAAGGAUAGAAACCAAUUUUCUGGCUGUCAAAACAUAAAUUAAAACAUGGUGAAACUAAACAGUGUUAACUUACUAAAUAUUUCUAUUAUUCUGUAAGCUUGAUAUGUUAAAAAAAAAAUAGGGACAUGGAUGCUUUUAGUUUGCACAGCUUUUCUGUUUUCUUUCUCAGAGUCAGCAGCAAAGCUAGGAACAAUGCACUAAAUAUAAUUCAGUACAAGCUGUGCCAUGUGUGAAGGGAUUAACCCUGCAGUGUAAACUGUUGCCUGUCCUUUGCACUGUCUGAGCAAUAAACCAUGUGUCUUUUUACA